AACGAAAUGUUGCUUCAAACAGUUUGGUUUCUAUUUUUGGUGGGGGUUUUGGAACCCAUUCUGGUGACUUCUCAAGGAAUCGAGACCUACGAGAACUACUACAAUGAGAUCCACGUGGAUGAUGAACAGGCGGAGGCCAAGACCAGAAAUGCAUUGACAUCUCCACUUCAACGUUGGCCUGGCAACAAGAUAUACUACCGGAUAUCUGGAGACUAUAGCGAUCAGGAGGUGGCCAAUGUCCGAACGGCAAUGACGAGUUUUGGUGAGCAAACCUGUGUGCAGUUCGAGGAAAUCGAAGGAUCUCCUCCGUCCGGAAAAAGAUAUGUGUCCUUCAAGAAAUCCCCUAAUAUGUGUGGAACUAGAGUAGGCUAUCAACCCUUAUCCUUUGGCCCGCACGAAGUCGUCCUUAAUGAGAGGUGCCUCACUAUGCCAGCUGUAAUCCAGCACGAAACUCUCCAUCUUUUGGGACUUUUCCACGAGCAAAGUCGUCCGGAUCGAGAUGAGUACGUGAAAAUAGACUAUGACAAUAUCCCGAGAAAAUACUGGUCGCAGUUUAUGGCCAUGGAUCAGACCACCACGUUCGAUGUUCCCUACGAUUAUGAGAGCGUUAUGCACUACUCGAAAAACGCCUUUGCCAAGGAUCCCUCAAAGCCAACUAUCCGUGCUUUAAUCGAUGGCCAGGAAGUGGAGAGGGAAAUGGGCCAGGUGCGAGGACCUUCGGAGGGCGAUUGGACCAAGAUUCGACUUAUGUACAAGUGCUAA